UUAUCGGACUACGAACGCAAGGAAAUUCUUGACUACCCGUCAAUUUAUUGCUUUGGUGCGAAAAGCAAAAAGAAACCUGCGGUCCUUGAUAAUUCAUUGAAUAACUACGGCUAUGAUGACGAAAGAGGAGACUACCUAGUUGUUAACAAUGACCACCUCGCAUAUCGCUAUGAAGUCAUCGACACACUAGGAAAGGGGUCAUUCGGUCAGGUAUUGCACUGUCGCGAUUAUAGUACUGGAGAAUCUGUCGCUAUCAAGAUCAUCCGGAACAAGAAGCGGUUCCAUCACCAAGCAUUAGUGGAAAUAAAAAUUCUUGAUAACCUUCGUAAAUGGGAUGUUGACGAAAAGCACCAUGUGAUCAAGAUGACAGAACACUUUUACUUUCGAAACCACCUCUGCAUCGCUAUGGAACUGCUCAGUAUCAACCUUUAUGAGCUUAUCAAGGCCAACGGUUUUGUAGGCUUUACAACAGCCCUGAUACGACGCUUUACCAGCCAAAUGUUGAUGUCAUUAACUUUGAUGCGUCACCACCGAAUAGUCCACUGUGAUUUGAAACCCGAGAAUGUCUUGCUGCGACACCCUGCUAAAAGCGCCAUCAAGGUCAUCGAUUUUGGUAGUAGUUGCUUCGAGCACGAGAAAAUUUAUACUUACAUACAAAGCCGUUUUUAUCGAUCACCUGAAGUAAUUCUUGGCAUGAAUUACCAUAUGGCUAUUGAUAUGUGGAGCUUGGGAUGCAUUCUAGCUGAACUUUACACAGGAUUUCCAAUAUUCCCUGGAGAGAAUGAACAAGAGCAACUAUCUUGCAUCAUGGAAGUCCUGGGUAUUCCUGACAAGGAAUUUGUCAACCGUAGCUCUCGCAAGAAAUUAUUUUUUGAUACUAACGGCGCUCCUCGUGCCGUCAUCAAUUCCAAAGGCAGGCGACGCAGGCCAGGCACAAAAUCUCUCAGUCAAGUUUUGCGGUGUAACGAUGAGGAGUUUGUUGAUUUUAUCUCGAAAUGCCUCGUUUGGGAUCCCGAGCGACGAAUCAAACCACAAGCAGCUAUGCGGCAUCCGUUUGUAACUGCUGGACGGAGACUGAAACCCCCGCCUUCAGCAGGC